UCUUCGGGUGGGCGAUCGCGUGUCGGCUCUGUUCAAGGAAUAUUCGCCCAUAUUCACAAAAAAGGAUAUAUCCUUUUGAAUAUUUUUUGCAUCAUUUUAUUUAAAAGAGACUGAUUUAAACACUAUCUGAAAGUCGAGAGCAUCCUGUAAGAGUCUUUCACAAAGAGCCGUUGACGAAUGUUCCCGCCAAAUGGGACGCCAUUUUGUUUUGUCAUCGUUUGUGCGGUGCAUGACGAUUGAAUCAUAGCAUGAUGCAUGCUUGAAAUGGCCAUUACCAUUAGAUAAAAGUGAAAUAUUCUCAUUGGCGUCGAGUUUGUGAUAAGGUGUGCCUUUGAAUCGCUUUCCAGUGCUAGUAUUCUGGCAAACCUUCUCGAGCUUCGGCGCCAUAUUGUUCUCUCGCGUGCUCCAUGAUGUCGGGAACCAGCGAGGCUGAAGCGACUCCUGGAAAGCAAAAUGGUGAAACGUUUAACGAGGAAAUGAAGGUAAGAAUGAUGGAACGAGUUUUAAAAUUUAAAGUUAAAACGUAUGAUCUUAUAAGUCAAAGAUGGAAUCUUGGAUAGGAAGCACCGCGAUCAUCGGAUCGCAAAAGCAAAUUUCUCCAUGUGGUUUUCUGAACAUUAUAACAUUUCAAUGCACGCCAGGGGCGUAGCUAGCUUUUCCAUUAUAUGUAGGCCAGGCUGACUUUCAUUUCCACAUAUCUGGAAAAUUGCACGCAUGAUUAGUACGCACUGACCUCACCAACACUUUGACCUCUGAAGCGUUUUAGUUCACCCCAACAGCGCACAGUUUAUUACAAGCUGCAGAGUGAUCAAACCAAAAAUUUGUAGGCCCGGGCCUACAGGUCUAUGGGCUGGCUCUGCCCCUGUACGCUAAAAAGGUAGAAUACGCACAUUUUGAUAUUUAUUUGGGAUUUAGUUGUGUGCACAGAUACAUUCUUAUGGAAUACUUUCUACCCCUCCACCACAACUUAACAUUCAUUCUCUACCUUCACCCCUAUGGAUGUCUGUUACAGGUCAAAUUAAUUUUUAUUGGGCUUCCCGUGAGGGCAACGACCAAUGAACAAAAAAAUGAGAAGUGAAUUUUUUUAUGUCAAAAAAAGACAAAAUAGCGGACAGAACUCACAGAAGGCUUUAGGUAUCCCAUUGCCCUUUCAAUGGGGCCAAUUACGGUUGGUGUGAUAUCUUAACGAUUUUACCGACCCAAUACAUGCAAAUGUAAAUGUAAAUUUUGCGGGAAGGGGGCCUGGUCAGGGUUGUCUGGUGAAUAGGUUUGGAAGUUGAUUUGGAAUGAACGCAAAAUUAUUGCGUUGAGUUAUUGACCCUUUAUCUAUGCUGAAUGAUUAUGUAAAUACGGUAUUCAAUGUUGUUGUUAGCCUGUGCUAAUGCCCUCCCAUGGUCCACACGGGAAAAAGUUUAACUUGUUGCAAUUCUCUCCCUGCGUGUAACAAGUCUUUCAUUACAAGAAAGGAAUAUGCUAUUUGUAGAUUGCUCCGUUAAAUAGAAACACAUUCCCUUGGAUAGUUAGAAGGGCUUAAAAUGAAAUUAAAUAACAUAAUGAAAAAGAAUAAAUAAUUUAAUUUAAUUUUAAAAAAGGAGGGUUUGUGAGUGUAUAAAAGGCUCUGUAUUUAAUGGAUUAUACUUAGUGUUUGGAAGUAACAGUCUGUUAAAAUGAUUAAAAGGAGUGUUAAUGAGAAAAAAAGUAGCAAAUACGAAAGGAUACAUCUAUUGUGAUCCAUGGGCACUUUCCAUUCAACCUACAAUUCCCAACCAUUCCAUUGGGCUAGUGGUUGGGCUAGCAGAAGGAUUAUAAUUAUAGCCUUCCCCAAUGCCUUAAAAGGAAUGAGCAAAUGCCCCAGCCUUGAAAUUUGCUAAUAAUCUCUGUCACAUCUAUGCAUUGUAUAAAUGAUUGAAACAAACAAACAGAAAAAAAUGCACUUCAUUUUUCAAGUAUCAAUGUAUUAAGCACAGGAGCACUAGUAAGGGCACUGUUUUUACAUCUCCAACUUGGCAACCCUACUGCCAUUUUCACAUGGUCAUUCGGGCAACACAAAUUCUAGCCGUUUGUAGGGCAAAGGUAGUUACGGACUGAACUUCUUCAUCAGACAUGGUCUGGUCUCAAGAAUCUAACCCCAGGACCUCCCACUCUGCAGGCCAGCAGUCUACCAAUUAAGCCAGCCUUAUUAACAGGAAAAAUAACCAGUAUUUUGCAUCUGAACUAAAACUUAACAGGAACAAAAUCAAUAAUUAAAAUGUAGAACAUAGUUACUUUAGAGUUUUCGUAGUGUUUCAGUUGAAUGCAUUAUAUAUUUUUGAUUUGUAGGAUUAUGCAAAGAGUACAAUGAAUGAAUUAUUGGGAAUGUUUGGUUAUGAAGAAGAAAUUACACGUGAAGCUGUAGAAGAACUGCAGAUCAAGUUACUUCCAGAAGAAGAUGAACAACUGAGGACCAAUGUAUUUAAUAAUACUGCAGAGUUAGAGAAGAACCAUCCUGAAGUCCCCGCCGCUGAGGAAACCCCAUAUGUGGUACAGAUUCCAGGUAGGUACACCCUAAACUUAAGCCUGGGAAAACAGCCCACAUUUUGUGAUGUCACAACUGGUUUCCCCACAAAAUAAUGUCUGAGUAACAAGCGCAGAAAUUCCAUGCUGAUGACAUGUCACUUCCAAGGUCUGGAUAGUGCUAUUGACUGGUCUUGCUGUGAGGGAAUUUUGCUUCAACCAAUCAGAAGUACUACACAUCAUCAGUAUGGAAUUUCUGCACUCAUUUCUCAGAUGUCAUUUGGCAGGGAAUUUGCUGGUGGCAUUGCAAAAUGUCAGCUGUUUUGUCAGGCUACUAAACUCAAACUUUAAAAUGAGUUCUCAUGCUCUCAAGUUUCAAAAUGUGAAAUCUGUGUUGCAGUAAUGUGACCUCCAUGCAACAAGCUCAAGUUGACAUGUAUGAAUUUGAUAUUUCUGGCAAAUUAGAAUGCAUUUUCAGGGCACGAAAUUGCACCUAAUAGUGAUGCCAAUGCACCCCAAUUUUUUGAAUUGUCAACUGGAAUUUUUGAGAGGUAAAGGUCUUUAUUUUAUGUCGGUAACUCGUAAUAAUACUUAAAUGGACUUAACUGAGGCCAAAGGUUCACUCAUUUUAACCCCUCUCUGCACCAGUGCUCUUUUUUACACAUAUUUUAGCUACUUAAAGCUACACAAAAAGGAAAGAAGUCAAAAGAAGAAUUUGAGAUCACACCUGGGAAUCAAACUCAGAACCUCUUGCACAGAAGCCGACUUUGCUUAUCCUUGCUCUUUCAUCAUGCCUUCAUGGAGGACGUCUUUGUUUUAAGAUGUGUUGAGAUAAAUCUGUAGCAGUGAUGGAAAUCCAAACAUCCUUAGUGUUCACUUGGUUCACACUCCACCUAGAAAGUCUGUUUAAUCUUGUAAUUCAAGCUCUCUGUGUUUUGAUCCUUUUAAUGUUCCCUAAUCUUACUUGGAGACAUUUCCUGAGCAUCAUUUAGGAUGAAAAUGUAUCAAUACUGAAGGUUUCAAUGCUUAAAAAUAACAGAGUAAAACCACAAGCAGAAGGCAAACCAUUGAAUUAUUGACAAAUGUGACUGCAAGCAGGACUCAAAUUCAGGACUCUCCUUUCAGGAAUUCUGCCUUAGAUCAGCUACAAAUGAUACUGCUAAUGAAUUAAUUUAGUGUGAAUGUUGAUGGCAUUCAAAUCCCUCUUUCUGGCCUCAGUUGCUCAAGACAUGGAUAAUUUACGCAAUAUUGGUUUCCCAAUACUUAUCCACUGGAUAGUAAUUUAUUUGGUGGAUAGCGCUAUCCAACAUUUUCACAAAAUCUUACUUGUUUUUUGAAGGUACUGAGAAUGACAACGUUGCAAGGGUGUUACCUUCUUCAGCUGUGAAUAAUGCAGUAAGUCAACAGUAUUAUAGCUGAUUCAGUAAGGUUGGGCAUUAGGAAGCUACAGUAUUGCAUUGUUCUGUAUACCCAAAUGCCCAAUUUCCAAUUCCCAAUUGCUUAAAGCAGCCUUUAUUGAAUCAGCUUUAUGGGCAUCUUAGUACUGAUUAGAAGAUGCUUUAUUACCAUUUUAUAGCAUAAGAGAUCAGCAGAUUUAUCUAAAUAAUGCAUUCAUGUAACCAUUUUUGUGAUGUGCUUUCCUAUACAUUCGUGAAUUUAAAAAUCUGGAAGCAAUACAACAUUCUCAGUCCAUUAUUGUAUUAUAGUACUCCUUUUUCUAGCAAUCAAUAGUUUAUGUCUGACAGCUUACCAUGGUUCAAAAUAAAAUCACAGCUUUCAACCUGAAUCUAUAGGCUUUUUUUGUCAAGGUUUAAUAUUUUUUUCUCGGCUGUCAAUAAUGAAUGAGCACGUCCCGUCAAUAGUCAACAGUGUGUUUUAUUUCGUUAGUUAAAGGAAUCAAAUGUUCAAUGCACAGAAAACAAUAUCAUGCAAUUCAUGAAAACAUGUUCAUAGAACUGAUGUUUGGGUAAUCAAUAUCAAUAAUUAUCAGUAUGACAGAUUUGGAAGGUAAAAAUGUUUGGAUCACAUACUUAGAUGAAAACUGAUUUCCAGAAAUACACUUCGUUGCACUUCUUCACUCUCAAACCAGGGUGGAGCACAAACAUGGGAAAUCCCUUUUGUCAAGCAAUAUGAAUACAAAACUGACUUUAAUUUGAAAGAGUGAAAAGGUUUCACAAACGGUACUAAACAAGUUUUUGUGCAAAAAUACACUUUAAGUCUUGAUUACACAUUGUGCAGAAACAUAAAGGUGGUAACACAACAGUUUGUCCAGACAAACUUGCAUGUUUCAUGCUUGAAUAAAUGCGUAAAAGAAUAAAUUAGUUGUUCACAGUGAACAUGAAUUCUCCUUUUCAACUUUUGCAGCAUGUUUUAAAUUUCCAAACCUUAUUCUCCUCUUUCUGCUCAUUUUAAAACAUUUCCAAAAAGUUUUUCAAAUGUUUUGUUGCUGCUUUAUUGUCUGAUAUGAAAUGUUUACUACAACAUUACCGCAACUUCGAUUUCAGUUGGCCGAUCAAAGCGGUGAAAGUCACUGGCAAGUGUGGUCAAAGUGUCAGCUGCUAUUUUGAACCCUGGUUACCAAUAGGCAAUUUUUUUAAAAAAAAGUUCUGCUUAAAGCAUUGGUCGGGUUUGAUAAAGUAUCAGAGUUGUAAGGACAAGAUAAUAAUAUUAGAUGCUGAGGGGAUUAAGAGGAUGAAUGAGGGAUUUCAAGGAGUUUAAGGUUAAAAACGUUUCAUUUGGCUCAAAGUGGGCAUAGAAAUGCACUGUAUUUAUCUUUUUAUGUGUUUGUCUUAGGCCAGUCCAGUACAGCCCCAACCCAAGACUGCUGUGAACCCAAGUGUUCCAAGUGAGACAAACAAGCCAGGGACAGCACUGGUAAGUUCUUAAUAUUCCUUUUAACAGGUAUACCUGGAAAUAUCAAACUUCUCUCUUUCUGUCCUUAUGCUUUUCUUGGUAUAUCCUUGCAAACCACUGGAAUGUCAUUGUUAAUUGUGUGUGAGAUACUGGAAUGUUAUUGUUGAAAUUAUGUUCUUAUAACCACCACUAACAGGCCAAUGGAUUUUCUGUGGUUCUAGAUAGGAUUCCUAUUGCUCAAACAAAUUUAUACUACAUUGUGAGGUUUUGUGUAAAUAUCAUGUAUGCUGUGUUAAAUUAAUUCUCUGAACUUUCUCAUUCCUGCAGCACCUCAAAUGAAAAUUCAGGAAAAAAAUGGCCUGGUUUUUAUUAAAUAUUUUAUUAUGCAAAAAUUCAUGUCCCAGAAUGAAAUGAAAUGUAUAUCUCAUACCAAUAUUUUAUUUGAAUGGUCACAAUAUAACAUUGAUCCAUAUUCAAGGCACACACAAGUGCAUCAGUUGUCUCUAUGCUGGCUCUGUCCCUGACAUCUCACGUCAUUAGAACAAAGGCUUUCUGUAAGAGCCAGGAGGCUGAUUCAGCAACAGAAAGGGAAUGUCAGUUGACAACAGGAAACCUUUCGGAAAGGACUGAAUGUGACUUCAGGUGCCCAAUUAAGUGCUACUCUUCUUUGGUAAAGCCUGUUGUUUGAUUUGUGCUCACCGUCGUCAAUUGAUGCUCCUGUUCUGUUGCUAAAUCAGCCCAUUAUUAUUUGCAUAGUACUGCACUGUACACGUACUUUCUACACUGUAGUAUGUCUCGUGGUAACGUGGUAAGUCAAACUUGCCAAACUUAAAAGCUGGUUGUAGGUUUGAUUUAUACAAGAUUUGUAUUGUAGGCUGGUAAACUAUUACUUUACACUGUAACAACCUUGUACAGUGUUAAAAAAAAAAUAACCGUUACAGUACUUUGUGCCUGGCAAACCAUAUAUGGUAAUUGUGGUAAGCUACACCUUUAAGAGGUAGCGUGGAAGAAAUGGCCUUAUAUGUCUUUGUUGAAUAUUGCAAGCAACCAAUAAUACAAUGAUGUAGCGUCAAAAUUGUGGUUUUCACUUAGUUACAGUGUAUGUUUGAUUUGGACUGUUGUUCGCAAAGCUUCAUCAAUUAAAAGUUUAGCAAUGUUAUGGAAUGUUGAAUGUAACGUAUUGUCUGGCCUUUGGCUUUCAUUCUUUUUUUUCUUGGCUUUUUCGGUAAAAAUUGCUUUUUGAGCUUAGAAUGUAAGGCCAUCACUUCCAUCUGCCCUGUGACUCUUAGAGAUAAGCACAAGGGCAGAGGUUUCAUUUUUUUAAAGAAAAACAUUUGCCUCUAUCAGUGAAAGACAAAACAAACUGUGGCAAAAAAUGUAGUUUCAAAUUUGUAGAAGGAUUCCUUUGGUGGGCUUAGGGCUUUCAAUAGCUGAAUGCAAGUUAAGGUGUCUCUUACAUGUCUUGCCGUUUACAUGAAUGUGAGAAAAAUACAUUGAAGCAUAUUCAAAUUUCUAAAACUGUGUAGCUUACUUGUAUAAUCAUCACAUCUGAUUCUUUUGCCAUACAUGGUUUGUUUUGCUUUGCUGUGAUAAGACAUGAUAAUAUUGUGACAUCAUGGCCUUUUGAAAGUUGGCAAUGUUUUGGGUUGCAGCUGUGUCUGGUUUUGCUAUAAGACAAGAUGAAAUACAGCCCUUCUUGUACGUUAACUUCACUUUAAAAAUGUUCGGGCAUUUUGGUGCUUACUACUGUGUACUUGCAGUUUUUAAGUACUACACCAUUACUUGCUUCUCUCAGACAAUGUCGUAGACCAAAAUUGGCCACAGCUGCAAUCAGUAAUUGAAACCUCUGUUCCUCUUCUCAGGCUCCUCAUUUCCUUGCCGAGCCCCCUAAUGUCAAAGGUGUGUAUUGCGUGGUGGCUAACCUUCCAGUCGUUAACAGCGGCUGCAAGACAAACAUGACAUUUAAGUUCUGGAAUUGUAUCAUGUGUUCCGAGUACUUUGUGCAGAAACCAGAAGUGGUUUUCCGUGUUGAACAUCCUCAUUUGUUCGGGAGUCAUCCUGCAUGGCUUUACCAGGCAGCAGUGUGUCAGAAAUGUCACCAGAGUCUAAAAUCAUCCAAGAAUGUUACUUUGACAGCGUCUGCUUCUCAAGAUGUUACUUCGGCAUUUUGUGGAGUAAAUGCUGCUUGUAUUGAUCAGGAGAAUGGAACAUCUUUAUCUGCACAAGUCAUGGUCACAAAAAGUGGAUCUCACGCCCCUGAAUCUGAUGUUGGUGUCUCCAUGCCAAACAGUCUUGAAAGUACAUCUAGCAUUGAGGUACCAUCCACUGCAACAACAACCGACAAGGAUGAUACUAAAAAUGUAACACGGGUUUUCUUUGAUUGUUAUAUUUGCUCAAAGCCUGUGUAUAAAAACUCGCGGCAUGGGAAAAUGCGAAGAAGCAAGUAUCCCACACUGUUUAGUAAUUUACCUGAAAGUGUUGGUUACCAAAGGGUAUGUUUUACUUGUUCUGAAAGACUUACACGUCAGAGAGACAGAUAUGUACAUGCUGGUAUUGCCGAAGAGGCCAGAGAUUAUGCUGCACACAUAAAGAUAUGGACAGGCAAAGAUUUCACCAGUAAACUUUCUUCACCAACUACUAAAAACAGUGAUUGUUCAACGUGUUUUGUGUGCGAGAAAUACAUCCCACCAAAUGUCAAUCAAGAAGUGAAGACAUUAAACAGAACCAGAUUCCCAUCACUCUUUUCAGCAGUUCCAGGUCAGAUCAUCAAGCUGUUGAUUUGUGAUUCUUGCCACAGGAAACUCUUGAAGGUCAAGAGCAGAUUUGACGAGAAUAACACAGUUGAAGAGGAGCGGGAUUAUUGGGUCUACAUCAAUAGCUGGAGAGACCGAAAAGGAUUAGAAAAUCAUCUGUACAGUACUCAUUAUAUUAUAUAAUGGAAUGUAAAGCUCUUCCUUCAAAAGAACCUUCUACAUUUAUAUGCAUUAUGUUAGGACAAAAUUUAAUAGAUUACAUUAAUUUAUUGUAUUGUUAGUCAUAUGGCAGGCCAUUUAAAAAAAGAUAAUUUAUGUUUUAAUUCUGUGAGUGCUGAAAAAGAAGAAGCAGUUGCUAUAUCCUAACACUGAGGUAAUUUCUUAAAAAAAAAAAAAAGAUUUUUAAUUAUGAAGUGUGUCACACUCAAAACAUAAGGUUUCAACUGUAGUUACAAUUAAUAUUAUUGAUUUUACAAUGUAACUUAUCAGGUCAAGUAAGAAAUACCAUCAUGUUAGUAAAUUCUUUUCUCAGUCUGUUCUUUAAGUAAAGGACUGAGUUUGUUUCUGUUAAGUUUUUUGUUCUGGCUGAGACAAGUUGGAGAAAAAGUAAGUUCUUUUAGUUACACUGAGUAUGGACUAAGAACUGGAUGUGCAAAAGAACAUGAGCAGGCUAUACAGUGGGUUUUUUAUCAGUUAAUAAUAUUUUUGAUCUGUAUAAUGUGUCUUAGUUAUUAGAAACAAUGGUUGCGAUUAAAUCAAAAAACUGAUAGCUAGUGUUCAUUGGGGUAUGCAAAGUUUGUACAUUUGUUUGUAUGGAAUACAGAAAAGGUAUAGUAAUGGGCAUUUCCUUUUUCAACAUGACCCCAAAAAUGUUCUUGCUGGAGGUACAAGAUAUUCUGAAAAAUAUUUUGCAGAAUAGUAGCAUUAAAAGUAAUAUAAUUGUUGCACUUUUCCCUACUGUAAUAUUUGCAAAAAACAUUCAAGGGUACAUCUGUUCAUUCCAAAAGGUACAUAGAGGGGACAGCAGUAAUUUUGCUUCCACUUUUGCCAGUCAGGUGGAAAGUGCUGUACUGCUGUUUAAGGUCUCCUGGGCUUUCUCCUCAUAGGUGGAGUCCACUGUAGGGCAGUCUUUGGGAGGUGUUGCUCGGGUUCAUUCUAAACCCAUACCCAAGCAGUCUCAUGCAUGUAUCUUGGCAUUAUUUUGUUCUCAUCCACCAACUGCACCAUGUCAUUCCAGAGGAUACCACAAAUCUUUUUCAGACAUCAGUGUGAAAGUCAUCUGGCCUCCUCAAACAUACAGUGUUUCCAAUAGCCCAGAGCUAGUGGACUUGCUAUAGGGCUAGUGAAUUUUGUUCUUAACUUGCCCAGUGGGCAGGUGAAGUUUUUUUAGGGAAUUCAAAUUACAGAAGAACUGUCCUGCUCAUCAAAAAGUUCUUGGGGCAAGUUAGAAUGACUUUUGUUGCAUGGCCUAGUACAUGUUAGCUACAGCUUGCCACUUUGGCAGGCUGUAAACUGACUUUCUUUGCACCCUGCUCCUCAAAGUACUCUGUACAACUCUCCAACCUUCUAAGCCAUAAUUGUACUGACUUGACAUGGCUGUCAUAAAUAUGGGCAUUGGUAUGUAGACUGUAGGGCUUAGACCUCUAGAUAUGAUACAGUGCAGCAAAACAGGUUGCACUUUUCCAAGGCCUGGUAACUAUACAUCCUAGAAGAGAUGGAAAGGUAAAGAGUGUCACACUAGCCAUUUAUUCAUGCAACUUUGGCUGCUACAAAGUUUGUGUAGAUUUAUUGUGCAGUCAUUGAUAUAGCCUGUGCCACUGAUAAAACUAAACCUCUGGUCUACGAGCUAGGGCCAAAAUCCUUGUUAUGGGCAUUCACUUGUGUAAAAUUUGAGUACAGUCUAUGGGGGCCUGUUAAAAAAGCCAUUGUUGGAUUGGCCAAUCAGAUUGAAAGGAAAUUUGAAAUGCACUUUCAGUAAUUUGAUUGUAACAUGGAUGAUACGGAACGUUACAGUGUAUGGGUGUAUUGGACAACCCUCGUAAUUUGUUGAGUCUGUUGAUCCAGAACAAGCAACUCAACCCAUGUUAUCCCAGAUGCUAGUGCAGUGUUCUUCUCAUGUUACUACUACCACUACUACUGCUACCACCACACCCACCACUACCACUACUAUCACUACUAUUACUAAUAACAGUAAUAGUAACAGUAAUAGUUAUAAUAAUAAUUUUAAAGAACCCUCGCAGAAUUUGUUCCCUUCCACUUUAUUUUUCUGUUGGCCCAAAUUGUAAGUGGUAUUUUGUGUGUUUUAAAGACUUUUUAAUCUGUAAAAAUCUCUUUUUUUCUGAGCUUGCAUGCUGGCCAGCAUUGCACUUUUUUUGACGAGAAGGUUGUUAAACCAACUCCAAGCCCUUCAGUUUUUAUUAAAGUUCAGUUGUAUUGUGUAAAGCUUGUGCGCAAUUUAAAUGUGUUUACUGUGAAUACGGCUUAGCUUGCACCACAGAAGAAACUAACCUACGAGCCUGUGCCAACCGUGUAGCAGAAAAGCCAUUGUCAAUUUACCAAUCUGGUUGCAGGAAAAUUAGAAGUGCACUCCUGGCUAUAACAUUGGUCAGGUCCAUUGGGGCCCCAGAACAAUUAGAGUCUUGGUGCAGUUUUGUAGACAUUGCUAACGGAAGUUCGAUGUAGAUUAGAUCUGUGAUGAAGGCUAAUUUCAGCUUUGACUUGAACAUUUUGAAAAAAAGAGGCAUCAUUUCAGGUUAAGAGACUUGUUUUUACACAUUAAUUAAUGAUAAUUAUUUUUGGAACAUUUUCACAUCUUUGGUAUCAAGAAUUUGGUUGAUGGAAACAUAGCAAUAAACAUAAUUUUGUUCAUGGUUCUGUGGUUGGAUGUACCUCUCAUUUCCUUACAACUUUAGCCUUGUUCCAAUAAUUUCAGGGUGAAACAGCAAAUGAAGUACACAGCUCUUCAAGCAGGAAAGAUGUGGUGGAAAGCAGUGGUGAGUACAAUUUCUUUAACAGUUUAUGACGAACAAUGGCAAUGAUAAUUUUUAAUGACAGUACGUGACCUAAGGUGGCAGGCAUUUAGUAGGCCCUCCCCUGUUUGCCUCUCUUAGGUGUCGUCCGAAUGUCCCAGUCAAACUUCUGCUAAUGGCCACCUCUCUACCAUGGCCACUUUUUUUCAUCCCAGCAGACAAAAAAUCCAUGUAUUGACUCUUGUUUAAAACCUCUCUACUGCUACAGUGGCCGCCUCUUUACAAUGGCCACUUUCUUCUGUCCCCAAGGUGGUCGUGAGGUUCAACUGCAGUUAAACCUCUUUUUCACUUUAAUUUAUAAAUUCUUUUAAUCUGAAAAAUGAGCAUUGUAACAGCAUUUUGUAGCAUAGCAGUGUAUCCAUUGCACUGUUCAGAAUAAUAUGGUUCUACCAAGUGUCAAGGCAAAGGCUUGAACCGUGAUUAGACAAGACCUGGGUAGCUAAUGGCGAGAUCAGAAAUUCGCUAACAGCAGCAGCCAGAGAUACCUUCUUUGCUGAAAUCUGAUCUCUCUGAAAUUACAUAUAAAAGAAAUAAAACUUAUUAAAUAUAAUGAUUUUUAAAAGUUUUUAACUUGCAAUAUCCUGUUGUAACUUGUGAAAUACAGUUAACCCUUUGUCUAAUACAGACAUUAGAGAGAUCUAGAAUCACAUUUACAGCAAAUGGCAAUUAGUACCUAGUGACCAAGUUUUCCCUUAACUUGCCAUUAUUUUGUUGUUUAUUAAGAAAACAAUUUUUUAAGGUAGUUUCAUGCCAAUUUCAUCUAGAACUAUUUUGGACAGUUUUUAUCUGCAGAUUAUUGAAUUUAAGAAACUGUCAACUUGAAUCUAAGGUUCACCGUUUGUCAUUGAUGUGAUUCUAAUAAUCUCUUAAUUGUCAGGGCAGAUACUCAGUUUAUAUCUUAAAAUGAGGUCCUCAUGAGGUGUCCUAUUUAAGGCUGAUUAACGUGGUAUAUCUUUAUUGCAUGGGAUGUGCUUACAAUAAGUCCACAGCAUCAGUAUCAUGCAUGUCAAACCUACAACUGACUGAGUGCGGUUGUCAUGGGUUUCUCAUUAAGUGCAUCACAUACUACUACAUUUUACAAUGCACUUUAGUCUUCAGAGAGAUCUCCAUUUUAUGGAGGCAUUGAAAGUUGACCGAAUAGAUUGUUCUGAAAGGGUUAUUUUUUGAAAUUAAAGUAACAAAGUAUGUUCUUUACAAAUAGGGGUGUCAACACCUGAUGUAUUUGUCGCAUACACUUCUUCACCGCCCAAGAAUUCAUGCCAGAAAGUUCGUCUUUGCUCAUGGUGUAAGAAAUCAACUGUGUUGAAAGAUUUUACAUCCAGUGAUGGUGAGAAGGUGGUUUCCUGCAAAGGCUUGUGCUCUGCAACGUGUUUUGAACAAGCUAUGAAAAAUAUCAAGGAGAAUGAUGUUCAUAUAACCAACACUCAGGAAAAUCUGCGAUCUCAAGGGCUACCUGGAACAAACAAAACUGGUGAGUGUUUAUCAAAGUCAACCCCCCCCCUCCCCCCCCCCAGAAGGCUUGUUUAUCUCAAGGGAAAGGUGGGGGGACUUAAAAGGGAGGAGGAAAUUAACUUUGUUCUUCUGAAAAGGGGGCUUAUUAGAGAAGGGGGGGCUAUAGAGGAUUUGUAAAACAGUAAAUGAUGGCCUGGAUAGUAGGUGUCAAAAGGGGUAGGGGACUUGGGAGGAAGGGAGAAAGGGAGGGGGCCGGGGGGUUCCCUCCCUCCCCCUUCCCCUUCCCUUUUUGUGCCUAAGUAACUGAGUGGAGUGCCUAUAAACCAGGUAAAGCAGAGAGGUACACUUCCUCUCUAAACAAAGAAUGUUUAAGAAUUUGUUCAUGCUUAGCGUGCGUAUAUCGAGUUAUGGAUGCACGUGGGAAGUUUGGAGAGCACGAAAGAUGCGUAAGAGUUGCACGAGGCGAUAGCCGAGUGCAACUCUAGCUUCUUGAGUGCUCUCCAAACUCCCCAAGUGCAUCCAUAACUCGAUAUACGCACAGCUAAAAGCAUGAGCAAAUUCUUUUAUAAUGAUAGCUGACAAAAAUGCUUGCUUUUUGAUUAACUGCAAAAUUCUCGUAACGCGCGACACAAUAACAAACGAUUCUACUGGCUGAUUACGAACACGCCACAAUCGUCUAGUUUGAAUGAAAAUAUUCUUUCUGUAAAAGUGAGAAAGAAAAUUUGCUUCUUUAUUCGUUAACGAUCAAUGGAAACUAAGCAGAAACAAAGGUAAAAGAGUCUUAAAGUUCACCUAAAGUUAAAAUAAUAACAUGUUCGUAAGAAGUCGUGGAGUAUGGUUUGGAUUUGCUGAAAAGAUGUUUACGUUUUGCUCGGUGAAAUCCAGAAAACAUGUUUUUUAGCGAAGACGACUGUCGUCCUUCUUUAAACUUAUAUUCAUUUACGAACAUUGGCUGGUCAUUACGGCUUCUUGAGAAGACCUGGCAGCAGUUGUUUUUAUGAGUAAUAAUUUAUGUCUUCUUGUGUAAUUUGUGUUGUUAUUGCGAGAUAAAUCUUCCUGGUUAAGUCGGAUUGUACGGAGAUAACAAAGUGCAUAACAAAUUUAAAAACAACAAUAAAAACGGAAAUUUUGCCUUUAAAUGUUGUUGAUGAGCAGUUGGUGUCUGUUCUGUUCCCAGUGAAUGUCUUUCAGCCAAAAUUUGCUGCAGCUCCUCUUCGACAAAUUUACGAAACGCUCAACUUGCGAGUUUUUUUUUAAUUCGGCUUUAUUUUUGCUGCUUGUUGGAUCGGGACCGAUAGAAAAAUUGGGCAGUUCUUCGCUGGUUUCUUCCAUAUUUUAAAGAGAAGGAAAAGUGCACUGCAGCGUAAAAGACGACAACUUUGCAGCCAGGUAAAAAAAAAAAUGCUCACGUCAUCUUAUUUACGCACGGGCGUCCGUAAAUAAAGAUUUUGUUCAUAGUGGCUCAAUAGGACUUAUAUAGGGCAAGCAUGCGCGCUAUGUUAUAAUAUUUGUUAUACCAGGGUUAUGUUAUGUACAAGGUUUAUGCCUGCUUGUAAGAGUGUAAUUAUAAUACUUGUGUGACUUAACUUUCCUCUGAAUCAAUCAAUCAAUCAAAAACUUUAUUUCACUUCGAAUUUCAAAAGAUAGCAUCAACUAAUGCUAAUAUCUCCAAAGGAAAAGCAGAAACAAAUAGAAAAUAAAUGACAAAGGUAAUUAGAAUAAAGUAAUACUAUAUAAUUAUUACAUACAAGUUUAAGAUACCGGUAAUGUAGAAACAAGAAAAUUAUUAUAUACAUUGUGACUACAACUGGUGAUAAAACUAAUUACAAAAGGAGCAGAAUUAUUUUAUUAUCAAAUCUAAAUGUCAAUAAUGUUCUUCUAGUCCCAGAAACAUCCUCGCCAACUGCUCCAAUCACUCGGUCAGCUUCAAGGGGAUCUGCAAACAAACGUAUGUGCCCAAUUUAGUUUCUUUGGUAAUCAGUAAAUCUCAUUCCUGCGUUUAUGUUUAAGCAUUGUUUGUCAUUGAUUUAAAUAAACUGGAUCUUUUUUUUAGCCAAGGAUGAAUCUCCUAUUCCACCUAAGAUGCCCCCAGCCCAAGGUAUGAUUUUUUCUGAUGUCAUCAGCAUUAUAUAGUUUAGCCACAUAAGGCAUGCAUAGGCCUGUAGAAGGCAAGCAAUAUGUAAAGAAAAUAUUAGCCAUCAAUAUAUGCGAAAGUGCUGGGUGGCAAAAAUCGUUAAUGAGCCUUACAUUUGUAAAUUCUUUUGUAAAAUUUUGAGUCUUAAAAAGAGAUUUUCUCCAAAACUAUUUUGGUGUACUGGGCUCAAUUUUUCAUAGAUAACUAAUACUGCUAUGCAAUUUCAAUAUUCAGAGAUGCAGCAGUAUUAUUUAUUAGUCAAUUCCAAAAUCGCUUAUGUCCCCCCAGGGCGUCUGACUUUUUUGAAAAAAUUUUCGUCAAAUUCCCUGGUAUGUUGGCAGUUUAGAUGGUCAAAUGCCUCACCAGCUAGCACUUCAAAAAGGGUCAUAUCCCCCGCCCACCAGCGACUAUUCAAAACUAUUCCAAUGCGUCAAACCGUUUAUUCAAACGUAGAUAUCCUACGAACGAAACACAACCAAAAUAUGGUCCAACAAAAUGUGAACGCAGUGCUCAUGCUGAAUGUGGAAAGAAUUGAAAGAUCCUUUUGCUUGUGAAGCUGACCACCACAGUCAAAUGCGUUACUGGGUGGGCCACAUUUUGGGUCAAGUUCCCCACUGUAUGGAGCAAAACUCCAGUCAAAUGCCUGGGGUUUGCCCAGUGGGGGGAGGGCAGUUUUGGAAUUGACUAGUACAUUAUUUUAAUAGCUUAAUUACCGAACGAUAAGUUUAUGUUAAUGAGGCAAAAAAUGUAAAGAAUGGCUGCUAACGUUGGUUUUUUUGCUUUCUUGCAUUUCAUUUAGCUGGUCCUCGUGGUGUGUUUUCUUGGAAUGAGUACCUGGCUGAAACUGGGUCAGUUGCGGCUCGGUGGCACUUUUUUAAACAGGUAGUUGCACUCACACAACUCAUUAAUUUAGCUAACAGUACUUUUGAUAGUGAAAUAUCUUGUUUCUCAGAUACUGAUGGUUAAUAGAAGUUCUUAAAGGGCCUUGUGGUAUAAGGUUGCGUUCUUGUGGCGGGUAAAAACGAUGAAAAGUAGAGGGGGACUGGGGAAAUUUUUUCCCGCUCCUUUUUACUCGCACUUAGCUCCCCACUAGGGUUCAUAAAUGUCUUAGAGGGUUCAUCAUAUUCUCGAUUCACACUGAUAAAACUUGUUUAGGUUCAACAAAACGGUGUCAUAGCCAUUACCAUGGUUUUAUGUUAACAGUUCCUAUCUAGAAUUGUAUAAACUGUCUUUCUCUCGCUUUGGGGCUAAGCUGUGGAGUGAGAUACCCUGUCACAUCUGACAUCUCUCUAAGAAUAAAUUUUAAAAAACUCUGCAAAUUACUCUUUGACAUUUUGAAUACAGAAGAUGACUAAAUUGAUAUGUCUACGCCCAAGGUUAGCAAAUCAGCCAAAAAAUAUUUCGAAAAAUGAAUUCUUUACAUACCCGUUUGUACUUUUACAAAUUGUUAUUUAGUUGUGUUAUUAAGUCCUCAACCAUAUUACGAUUUUUAUUUCAUUUAUUUAUAAACUGUAAACUUCCCUUAGUUAGCCUUUGUCUUCAUUUCUUCUUACGCAUGCACUGUCCUGCCACAAAUAGCCUUGCUAGCUGUGGGUAGUGCUUCUGUCAUUUCAUCUGCUUAUUUAUAAAGUUUUGUUGUUGUUUGUUGCCCAACAGCCCUCCCCUCUGACGAGAGCCUCUGAAGCUCAGUUUACUCAAAUUAUCUGCAAAACGAGUUUGGUGACUUUUCCCACUUCAUAAAUUAGCAGUCGUAAUCUUACUUUGGCAAAUAUCAAAAUAAAAUUGUCACUUACAAAUCGCUUUAUGUCAGAACAGGGCUUUUACACAGUUGCACUAGAUGUGUAUUUAUAUUCUUUCUUAAUUUUUUGUUCCAAAAGACCUUAUUGGUCUACUUAUUUGUUUUAUGUCCUUCUUUGCUGUAGUCUUCCACACCUCCUUACAAUGGCUUUGAAUGUAACAUGAAGCUAGAAGUGGCUGAUCCACGGAUAGUGGAUACCAUGUGUGUGGCGACAGUUGUGGGGAUGUUAGGGCCCAGGAUAAGAUGUCGAUUUGAUGGCACAGACAGUGCUAAUGAUGUCUGGCAUUUAGUGGACUCUAAAGAAAUCCACCCUGUGGGAUGGUGUGAGGGAAACGGAGGACGAUUACAACCCCCCGUGGGUAAGUAAUGAAAAACGACGGGUGUGCGUAGAAAUAACACUAACCACAGGCAGCCCAGACAUACUGUAUGAAUAAAUAGAACACUUCUUAUUUGGUGAAUGUGACCUUCGAAUGCAAAACUCGACAAAAUGCCGUUUAAAGCGUCCGGGAACAACAAGGAGAUGUUCAGUUAAAAGUACAUGUAUGUAAACUUUCUUUUGUAAUAUUUUCAUUUUUAGGCGGAAUUUAGUCCGAUACAUAAGAUCGGAGCAAACAAAGGAAAACAGAGGAAAUUUCAGUUGAAAAUUAACCAGGACGAUUAUAAAAUAGCCAAUAAUAUAAUGGAAAUAUUAAAUAUAUUUUGAUUUCUCUUCAGUCAAAUAUAGUCAACUCUCCAGCUCCGAUGCUCUUUUGUCGAUCUAUUAAUCGUGACAUAUUAUUACCGGUAUUGACAUACAAUACGUCUGGGCUACUUGUGCAGGCUCUAGUUUUAAAGAGUCUAUAUCACGCUAUUUCAGGGGCACCCAACGACUAUUUUCGGAAAAAUAUCUGUUCGGAAGACGAUUUGAGAUCUAGAAUUUUCGCAACAUUUGUUGUAAAAUUUCUUGCUUGCCUGCCUCUCCUAGGAUUUUCGAACAUGUAAAAAAUGGUAUAAUUGCCUAUUUUUAACGGAUUUUUACCCUAAAAAGGUCCCCUAGAAUUUUCGGGAGCCCUUUUUCUGGCUGAAAAAUUCGAAAAGGUAAGUUUCGAUCCCUAUAAUUUUCGGAUCAUUAGACUUUCAGCUAGGAAAUCCGAACAGAUGAAAAAUUUUUAGGGGAUAAAAAUAUGCCUUUAUCUACCGUUUAAAUACUAAAAUACGUUUAACAAUGCUAUUUUUAAGUGGUUUUGAACUAUAUUCUCGUUGGGUGCCCCUGCUAUUUGUUAUCUUUUUAAAAAGCUACAGCGUGUCUUCACACCAAUUGAAUUCAAUUCCAAAAAUAAUGGUCCAGUUUUGUUAUUUAAGACUAUAUGUAGGUGCUGAAACUGUUUCCUGUCGUCUGUUGCUACGGAUGGCAAGGAUGGAUGCGGAUUGAAACUUGAAGAAUUUGGGCCAACAUUUUCAUGUUUCAAUGCCAUUUCUUCAUAAAUCACCAAACAUUUAUUAUGGUUUGGGGUACCUGACCAAAUUUUGUGCGAUAUCUUCAUCACGACUUUUGCAGAAGCGUUGUUUGUAUGGGUAAAGGUACUACCGAUCAUUAUUUCUGAAAGGGGGUGGGGGAGGGAGAAUCAGAGGGGGAGGGGGGGUCAGGUUUAUUUUUUUAUAUCAUAUGGGUGGGUCAUUACUGAAAUAUAAAAUGAAAGGGGGUGGGUUCCAUUUUUUUUAUUAUAUUGAGACCCAUAAAGGCAGAAAAAUAAUAGUCAUUUUGAAUCUAUUACAAUGGAUUUUUGGCUUUCCUUUUUUCAAUAAAGUCAGAUUUUUAAUCAUCAAUAUCACAAAAUAAUACAUCUAUUAAGGCAAAAAUAGGAGGACAAACAACAACUACAACCAAAAUAAACAUGAAGUUCUUAUAUCAACUGAACAAUUAUUAAAUAGUAAUGUCUCUCGUAUAAGAACAAAUAACCGCAGACCUCAUCUCACAGUUUUUUAUUGAUUUGACUGAUCUUGGGACGUAAACGAACCCAUUCUGUUGUUCAUAAAGACUUGGUGACGUAGACACUCUUAGUGUGGUUAACAUGCCUGGUCUUAUCCCCCAUAAAUAGAGGGAAGACCUCAGAUAACAGUGACCUCAACCAGGUUGUGGCGUCCAGCGCUUUUAGUGAAAACAAGGGUUUGGAUGGGGUGCUCAGUCUCGCGGGCUCAUAAACCCUGGUCUCGGUCAUUCUUAUUUAAAGCUUUUCUCAAUAGAGACCUUUAGCGUCGAGGACGAGGAAGAGAUUUCGUGAAUUGAAUUCUCGAAAAAUAUAUUACCCAGAAUGCUUCAUUGUACGUUUUGUAACCAGAAACGUUAGCACGCUUAUUUUUGGUGAGGGAUGUUUAGCCCUCUCCCAGUUGAAAAUGAGAAAACUUUGAUUCUAACCGUUGAUAACUUGUUCCCCCCACAAUGACAUUCUCGCUGGAACUCGUAGUAAAUUGACGACGGCUAUCACGUUUUCCCACCAAAAUGACGUUGAUUCAUAUGUGCGCAUUACUUAGUAUUGAGAAAAUCUCAUACUCGUAGUUGUCCACGUUUUAGAAUCUAAAGGUCUCUAUCGGGUUGGUUCAUCGGGGCAAAUUCAAAAAAUACAUAAAGAAACAACGACAACAAAAACACUAUGCUGAGAGCUGUAAUAAUAAUUACUUGGGAGCUUAAAGUUACCCCGAAAAAACAACGCAAUGAUUCAUCUUUUUUGUUACAGGUUUUAAACUCGAUCCUGGAAAGUACUCUACCUUUCUUGCAAAGACUCUUACCACUGCAAAACUGGCUCCCGUAAGACUCUUUAAAAGAGUAAGUCAGCCUCACUUUAUUAAUGACGUCGCUUAAACAAUUUCAACCUGGGCAAUGGUAAGCAGCCUAGGGCUUGUUUUCCUUACUUCGCAAGUACUCCUCUAGGAAAAGUAUGCUGAUCUGUUGGGUAGUUCUUCUUUCCCCUUAUAAUCAGAGGGUACUCGUACCAAGUGGUUUACUCGCAAACUCCCUCUUAAUGCGAUGGAAUUGUCAGAGGAACGCAGGUUAGAUUAAGUAAAAAAAAUGUUCUACACCCAGGGCUCAAAAUAAAUUUGGAACAAUUGUCGGUCGUGUUGAAUGGCCAAAGAAAUUUUAGCUCGGUCUUGUCUCUCUUCUGACCGGUCGAAAUGUUAAAAAUAACACUAUAAUAACUUGACCGUACUAGCCUGGCAAGCAAAAGCAUGUCUAGUGAAAAAAGAUACUUGUCCUCUUGAAACGUAAUUGUGUGAAAGUGUAGUUUUUUUCCUGGCCCCGGUUGUUCAAACAAUGGAUAGCGCUAUCCACCGGAUAAAUCACUCUCCAGCGGAGAAGUAUUAGGGAAACCAAUUCCGUUAUCCACUGGAUAGAGAUUUAUCCGAUGGAUAUCGUUAUCCGCCUUUUGCAACUGGGGCCUCAGUCCUGUUUCAGGCCCAGAAAGCUGUUGCAUGUUUAUCGUGUCUACAAUGAAGAUCAAAGUUUCAAUAAUUUUGAAAAUGAUACUAUGAAACUAUCAGUUAACGAAGCAAAAUUGACUGAUUUGUGGGCUAGGAACUGUGCUUCUAUUCAACAAAUUUUGACUUUAAAACUUGCCCUCUGGCCCGAAAAGUUUCCGAGCCUUGCGAGAAAUGGGGCCCUGGUCGCUUAUUCAGUUUACGUGUCCGGUCAAAAUGACCAGCAAACCGAAAAUUUGUCCAAACAAAUGGUCAUCUUGGGAGUUGGCCCCAUCAUUGUCCCGUUGACCGGCCAUUAUUUUGAGCGCUGACGCCCUGGUCGUUUUUUUAAUUUAAAUCCUUGUCGUCGAGUCUUGCGUUACCAAGCUUCAGAUAAGCCAGAACCUGAUUAUUAAAGUAAACUGUUUUCUCUUUUGCCAGGAGCCAACAUCGCCAAAGGAAAAUUUCUUUGAGGUCGGCAUGAAAUUAGAAGCGCUAGAUCCUAAAAACCCACUUCUGAUAUGUGUAGCGACAGUGGCUGGAGUCGAUGGAGAUAAAAUCCGCGUUGACUUUGAUGGAUAUCUGGGUUCAGAUUAUUGGUGUAGAUAUGACUCCAGAGAUAUCUUUCCUGUUGGAUGGUGCUACUACAGUGGUCAUCCUUUACAACCACCAGGUAAACAACAUCAUCAACAACAACAGCAAUAAUAAUAAUAUUAGUUAUAUGCAGUGCUUCGCUUUCCAUAGUUUCAAGGGGCUGGCGCGUUUUCCCGUUUUUUUUUGGUCGCACGUUGUUCAGUUUCCCGCCCUUUUCAUUAGCUGCGCAUUAUUUUCCGCGCUCCUGUUUUGAUUGCAUUUCCUGCUUUUUCUUUGGGUGACGAAGUUCGUUUCUCAAGUUUGGCUAGCUAGUUGUUUUCCCAUUUUUACAAGCACCAUGGUCUCUACACGACGUCUCAUCAUCGUAUUCCUCUAUUUAUUUAUUUCGUUCAGCGUUGCAUCAGCUGCACGUUUCCCCGCUUUCUACUGUUUUUCUUGUGUUGUGGCUAUUUCAUUCCAGUGGUUUGCGGUUUAUUCUUUCCCGCGCUUUUUCCUGUCUUUUAAGUUUGCUUACAUGCUGUAUUUCCGCACCUGCGCUUUUUAACUUUUGCCAUGCUUUCUACAGUCGGUAAUUGCUCGUUUUGGCGCCUUUUCGUGAUAUGCUGUACUUCUCUCGUGCUCUCCCGCUCUCUUUUGGGUACACUUUCCCCGACCCUUCCAUGAAAACUACGUGUUUCACUGCGAGUAUCCAGCACAUUUUUUAACACCUGCAUCUGCAAAUUACCCCUUGAACAAUAGGAUUUUAGGUGAUGUCUACUUGGAGGUAGGAAGAUCUUAGUACCAGGAAGAUCCUAGAAGGCGGAACAACUUUUCGUUGGGUUCACAUGCAGAAAUUUUGGUCCGUCUGGGUAACAGCAGAGAAGGAAUUAAAGAUUAAAGAUAACCCACUGAACGACCCGCCGCUAUUUUUUUGAGGUUUAUCCUUAGGACUAAGAUCUUCCUAGCGAACGCGAUCCGUUCUUUGGAUUAGUAUCUUCUUACCUCUCCGCUGGGAAGAUCCUAGUACAGUCGAACCUCCACUAACGUCCACCUCUCCAUAACACCCGCUUCUUUAUAACGGCCAUUUUUUUGUGUUCCCAAGGUGGCCGCUGUGGAGAGCUUCGACUGUACUGGGAAAAUCCUAGCGCUGGGGAAAAUUGCAACUUUAGGUUUCUGGGAAACUGCCCACCUACCCCUCCCCUAAGCCAUCAUUUUGCCCUAUGUGAGAAGUAAGUGUUAACGUUAGCUUAGGGGAGGGGUAGGUGGGCAGUUUCCCAGUAACCUAAAUUGAUACCAACUUUUUCUUUUAUGUAAACUGAAUACAGAACUCAUAUAGCGAUGUUCCUGGUGUAGUAUCUUCCUCCCUCCAUGUAAACAGACCCUUAUCCGCCUUAGUAAAGACAACAGUAAAAUAAAAUGAACUACUGUAAUAAACGGCAUUAACUUUCGCUGGAAUUGUCCCACAGCAUUUUCCCACAAUCUCAAAACUGGUGCACAUUAGACAGUUACAUAAUAAUGUCAGCCCGGUUGAUUCUAAGGGGCUGUUUAUAUGAUACCGGAAUGACUUUUAUUCCGGAAUUAGCUUCAUUGCAGAGUGAAGUUCAUACUGCUUUCACAUGAUAAAAUAGACCGGCUUAGCCUAAAGCGUUCUAACUCUCGUGGUUUUCGCGCCGAUCAGAUACGCAUGCGCCACACGCCCUAGACUACAUGAUAUGCGAUUUAGUUCGAUCUCAGUUUACAUGAUACCACAAUGAAAUUUCGUACGAGAACGAGAAUUUCAUUCAGAUUAAAAACCGGAUUGACUUUACAGGAACGAAAUUUCGAUACAAAUAUGACCGGGAAUGAACUCGUUCAAGAAUGAAAGUCAUUCCGGUAUCAUGUGAACAGCCCCUAACAGGAUGGCGAAGGAAGAUAGUAUUUUACUUGUUGAGAGAAAAGCUAGUAACUAAUAUUAUUUCUACGAUAUAAUUUUUUUGUAUUCAAGGUAAAACGAAGAAGGCUUUGAAGCAUUUAAAGUAAGUAAAAUCACCUCUGUUCAGUUUUUGUAAUUCAACCUUCUGUGGUGUUCGUUGCUUACGAAAAAACCUUUUUUGUAGUGCCAAAACAAAAGAAAAACUGCCCGAGAAACCCACAAAACCAGAAAAACCAGAAAAGCCUGACAAACAAGAAAAAAAGAAGUCUCAAACUACCUCUCCAGUACAACCGGUACCACCAACAACCAAACCCACCCCCACCCCCACCCCCACGGUCAGUACACCUUCUACUACUCGCCGUGAGUCGCCGUCAUCUUACUUGUCUUCAGCCUGCGAUGGGGAUGACUUGAUACUUUCUUACACGGUUCAAGUGUUCAUUAACCACGGCUGCUACCCAGGCCCGCACCUGAGCCGAGCGAAAGUGUUGGGACUACCAAGCUGCUUUCGAGGCACUGUGUUAAACGUGGCUAGAGACUGCUUUCAGUCGAUUGUAAACGCUGGAAUUGAACCUGUGACGGUGUUUGGGAUUCUGAAGCCGGGCGCCGGCAAAACAAAGAUCACCGUCAGCAACGGCAAGCGCACAUUAAGUUGCUUUCUACAGAGCAUGGAUCGAGUGUCGAGAUUUUGGUGCGUGUUGGACAAGUUAGCAGAGAAUCUCAAGUGCUGCGAAAACAUGUUCAGCGGAGAUCGCAUCUCUGGAAAAUGUCCUAAAUGCGGCGGAAGUGGUAAGAGUCUAAGUAAUCGUACUUUUCAAGCGUAAUAUGACGUGUUUUAAGACGGAAUUCAUCAGGAACUUGAGUAAUUUUAAUAUUCAGUGGACAAUAAUCUUGUACCAGAAUAAAUUAAAAAAUAUCGCAUUCUUUUUUACGUUUUUCAAGGGCUAGAGGUGUAAUAAAUCAUCUGUAGUAACACCAAAGAAAAUAUCUCAUGGAAGUCCGAGAAAAUGAAUGCCAAAUUUCACAAGAAUUGUGAUUACACGGGUAAAAUUCUCAAAAUUUCAUGUGUAAGAUGUCAUUUUGUGAAAUUUGACAUUUGUUUUCUCGGGCUCUCAUAAGAAAUUUUUUUCGGUGUUACUGCAGAUGAUUUAUUACAUUUUUAGCCCUUGAAAAACGUAAGAAAGAAUGGAAUAUACUUUAAAUUAUUCUGGUAAAAGUUUUUUGUCUACUGAAAAUCAAAAUUACUCGAUGUCUUGGUGGAUUCCGUCUUAAAGCCCCGUGCAAACGGACAAAACAUUGUUAGCGAACAACUCCCAACAUUGUUGGAUGUUACAUGUUGCGUCCGCUUACACACCCUGUGGCAUGGUGUUGCGUGUUGUUGGGAGUUGUUGCGCAAAGUUUGAAACCGGUCAAACAUUGUUGGGAGUCGUUCCGUCCGUUUGCACGUAGCUUAAAAUUGUCCCGGAUCGAACCCCGUUACUAAGACACGGAGCGGACAUUAGAAGGUGUCCGUAUUAAGUGCGGGUCAUGUAAUUGGAUAAAAGAAGAAAUAGUUCGUUUCUAUGGAAAAAAUACUAAGGAAAAACAAGAGAAAUCAUUACUUAAAUUACAAACAACACUCUGCAUGACUAAUUUGUUGCCAAAAAGUCGGAGAAUGGGGUCUAGAUUUAUCCCGUCUACUGUAACAUUGACAUGCUGUCAUCCGAAGGGUUUUGUACCUCAAGAAAAAGUAGGGCUUAUUGCAGCAGACAGUUUACAAAGAAGUGUCCUUAUUAUUGCGGUUAACUUUCUGGGAGAAUUGGUUGAUUAUACUAGAAAAACGUGUCCGUUUCCCGCAUAAACGGUUCAGUUUCCGUAUUAAGCGGUUGAAUUAGAGAAAAAGUAAGGGCUCUUUCCCCAGGGACAAAGAAAACGGUGGGUCGAUAUUAAGCGGGUGUCCGUAAAGAGGGGUUCGACUGAAGUCAGCUUGCGUAACAGGCACCGAAAGGGGUUGGGGGAGGGAAAUAGAAGGUUUCUCUGUUUCUGUUAGCGUUUUUUCCCUUCCCCUCCCCUCCCGGUUUUACGCCCGCUAAGCAGGCUUUUCUGGUAAAAAACAAUGGGUCCGUUUUACACGCUUCAUCACCAUUGGUUUAUUAAAGAGGGGUGCGACUGAACCUCUAACCGCAGUUUGCGGUUAACGGUUCGACGUUCAAACAUAAUUCGAUUUAGAUUGGCGGUGGAUUAAAGAAGGGAUUCUGAAUUUAUUUUUUAGAAAUGAAACAAAUAUCAAUCAGUGAAAAUAAAAGAAAUUUACGGUAACACUGGGUUAUCUAGCAGUAAAGAGCUGUAAAUUUUACAUUAGUUCUUCUUAUAAAUUUACGGCCGACAUUUUGAAUUGAAUGGCACGCAAUAGGAUUUAUCAAAUUUAGCAGGAAUUUUUCUGUUAAUGGAUAAAGUGCACAAGAUUUUCGUACGGUACGUGGGAUAAAACAAGAAUUAUACGCCUUUCAGGUAAAUGGCAUACGUGAAAAAUUUUGAAAACACGUCUUAAACCUCAAACGUGACGCAUCACCAGGUUUGAUCUAAAACUUUAUUAACUUUGCCUAUGUGGGGCCGCUACAUGUAAAUUUGAUUGUAGUUUGAAUGAUUGUUUUCAUCAGCGCCAAGACGCAACACUGUUCUGCCAGAUUCACCUCCAGCAACCUCACAGGUGAAUGCCGCGAGCUCCUUCAAGAGAAGUGCAAACAAGGAUCGAGAUCUAGAGGAAGUCAAGCGUACGCGGAUUACAAUUGAUGAUGACGAUGAUGGUAAUGAUGAUGACGGUAAGGUUAAAUAACAUUUGAUUGCACAUUGUAUUUUCUCACAUCCUGGACCCUGGCCUCAAUCAACAACUCAAGAAGUUCAUUUUGUUUAUAAUGCCGAUGAUGCGUCCUUAUUCGCCAUGGAACUUGAGAAAUUACCUUAGACUUUCCCACAAGUCGAGCUCAAAAUUUUUCUCGAGCGCAAAGCGCGACCUAGAAAUUUUCCCACUACCGGAACCGGAAACGAGAAGCGAAGGUCUUUGAGAAAGUCUGAAAUUACCUGUGAAUGUCAAAAUCACAGCCUUGUGUCAAACAAUUUGUCUCGCAAGCAUGAUAUCAGACGUUACAAACAACAAAAAAGAACUUUGAAAAUUGUUAGGCUAACAAGUUUUCAAAAUCCACAAUUUCAAUCCGCUUGUUCAUCCCUUCCUGCUUUUGUGUUUACUGUGUUGUUGAUAGCUUCAUUAAACCUGUUGAGCAGUUGUUUUUAUGUUUCACUUAAUUUUAUGGCAGUCUUCACUGUUUAAGCCUUUCACUGCCAAAUGUAGCCGAAGGCAAAUUCCUACCAAAUUUCCAAAUUUCAUUUUCUAAAAUUUUGAGAAACAAAUAGCAUCAUGUGAAAGUACAGACAGAGGGCUUUCAUUUGAAUGGUCACAUCUUAGGAUUUCGUGUGCAUACUCCAAAGUUAGAGUCACCUUACAAAACUCCAUCAAAGACUCUGGCAGUGAAAGGGUUAAAUUUUGAUAAAUUUCAUGACACAGCUCCUUUAACGUAAAGGUUCUGUUUAGUGUCUCAUGACUUGAUAGCAUAUUCCUUCCUCUUCGUUUUUAUUAUCACCAUCAUAAUCAUAAGUAGGUGAAACAAUGUCAUCCGGGUGAGUGUAGUCCUGAGACGAGAACGAGUACUAGUACGAGACUUAACUUAAAGUUUUUGUGCGUGUUCUAAAAAAAGACACCUUGGAAAAGUUUCAUUUUACUUUUUUUUCACUAAAAUGGUUAGUACGCUUAUUUAUACUGAAGGAAGUUCUUAACCCCUCUCCGAUAGCAAAAUAAUAACACUUCUUACAUUUGAUAACUUGUUCCCGCUACUCCGACAUUCUCGCUAAAACUCAUAGUAGAAUGACGACGGCUACCACAUUUUCCCGCCAAAAUGACGCUGGUUCACACGUGAGCAAUACUCAGUAUUGAGAAAAUCUCGUACUCGUAGUCGUCGUCGUCUCAGAAUCUAAAGCUCUCUAUUGUGUUAUCUGGGUGGAAUCAGACAUUUUUUGUUAUCUUAUCAGAUGUGAGUUCUGCAAAAGUCGGGUCCACGUCACCUCCUACAACGUGGUCUGUGGAUGAGGUGGUUAAGUUCAUAGAGAAAUCUGAGCUUGCGGAACAUGCGGAUAUGUUCAAAAAACACGUGAGUAAAUUUGCAAGUUAUGAAUACAAAUCUUCCUUUCCACCCCCCCCCCCCCUCUUUCACCUGACCCCACAGCUCUUGGGAACUUUCGGUCUAGCCCUCAUGGCAAGCUUGCACCCCGAGAAAGGCUGAAAGUUAGGGUGAGGAAGGUCAUCUCAUUUCACGACCCUUGCACAGGGAUACAACUACUUUUGGGGUAGGUUUAGGCACCCGGUUAUGGCGGAAUCCCCGAGCCCCUUUAGCCCCGAAAUAUUGCUGAAAUUUUGUUGACAUCUUGAUGACGGGGGACAGUUUAUGCCCUAGCGUCUAAAAUCCAAAGUUUGAAUCAUUUCCAGUGCAAGGAGACUGUUUUGACGUGUCUAAGUCUAAUCCCUUCUUUCUGGGAUAGGUUUUCUCAACCAGGGAUUUAUAAAAACCCCUUGGUACUGAUUUUCGUCCAUGCUCUAGCGCUUUUCGAGUAAGGGCUUUGGUCUGUGACGUCCUAAUCAUACCCAGUUUUUAAUGCACCGAAAUGUGGAUCGUCUUUGACAACACAACAACUUUGAAAGCCUUACAGUCCUUACAGCCCUAUUUCCAGAUGUGAGAUCCACCCACUCCUUUCUUUCUCAACAGGAAAUAGAUGGCAAAGCACUGCUUCUUUUAACCCGAGAAAUGAUAAUGUCCUACAUGGGCCUCAAGCUUGGACCUGCCAUCAAACUGUUGGGCUGUAUAGAGGAUUUAAAACCCAAGAAAUCAAGAUGAAACAUUUACUUGGAUGCUUACAUUUCAUUCUGCGGAGCGAGCUUGAUACCUUCUUUCCAAAAAAACCUUGUGAGAACGUUUUUUCGUGUUGG